AUGACUGAAAUUGAUUCCACCGCUUGUUUUAAUUGGUUAGAAAAGGCAAUAUCAGAGGAUUAUAUCAAAUAUUAUGACUAUGCAAAAUUUACUAAUAGGAAAGAAAUUAGCUGUGGUUCUUAUGGAAAUGUUUCUUCCGCAAACUGGUUAGAUUCCGAUACCGUUAUGGUUCUAAAAUAUUCAUUCAAUCUUGUUAAAGAAAUUGUUAAUGAGGAAACUCCUAUUGAAUAUAGUGAUUUGUAUGAAGCAUGUUGGAAGGAUGAUCCACACCCUUCGAUGCAAAAGGUUGUUAAUUCGCUCGAAGCAAUGAUUUCUGGGAAUGAUCAUGAUGUAAUUCAACCUAAUAUUCACGCGGAAAAUAUAAUGGAAUUAUUGCAGAAUGAUUUUUCUUCUUAUUCAACAUGUAUGUGUAGCAAUAAUUCAGACCUUUGUAUAGUCAAUUAA